GAUUGUUAAGCUUGUUGCUUCGAGAACUUCUCCAUUUUAGUUUAUUUCGAUUUUAUUGUGAAUAUUUCGUUUUGCUCUCUAAGUGCAUUUUAGGUAUAAUUGUGUCUAUCAUCGUACCUAACACUUGGGAUUUUUGCUAUACCAUCAAGUACUUUGACCUUCAAGAGAUUGAUACAUUACACACUGAUACAUUCAACGAAUCUGUAUCUUCGAUACUAGAGCGAAAAGUUAGAGGUUGGUUAAGUGGUGUAAUAGAGGACAUGAGACGGAACAGUCCAGUGCAACAGUGGCUAGACUCACUUCCUCCAGAUGUAGAGACUCCCAUCAUUGUUACAACUACAGAACAGAGUAGUGCCGCUGAAACUGCAGAGGAAUCAAAGAAAACAGACACAAAAUCAGAUGAAAAUAAAGCAGAGGACACUGUCACUGAGAAUACUGUAGUAGAAAAUAAUAUUGAUCUCCCACAUGAUGAUAGCGACAAAACAGAAGUGCCUGUCGAUAAGGAAUCUAUUAAAACAAAGUUACUAGAAACUAAAUCUUUUUCAACAAAAAAUAAAUCAAAAUUAAAACGAGACCAUUCAAUUCAGUCUGAAGGAAACCCACCAAGGUUCAAAAACCCAUUGCUCAGAGAUCACUCUCUACAGUCUGAUGGCAGCGGAUCAAGUGGAAGCUCAGUAUUAAAUGUCUUGGGAGCACGGAGAGUGGAUGCAGAAUCAGUACUUUUAGCAUUGGGUUUUGGGCCUAGUGAGAAACAGCAGCAGUUACAAAGAAUACCUGAUAGAUUCCUUAGUCCUUCUAAACUCAAAGGCAUAAGCACAGAAGAGUUCAUAAAGCACGAGCAACACUCAAUGAGAAUGCAUGACUGUGGAAUAUUUGGCUACAGAGGACUUACUGGGAAUCCGCAUGUACCACCGUCGACAAUUGUAGCUAAGAUCUUGGAACGGAUCAUCCAAGACGACGUGUUCAGAGAGGAGGCCCUGAUGAAGGCGCGGCAUUCCUUCGCCGAUAUGCGCAGCAGCACCGCUCAGAGCAAAAUACCCUCCCGACUCCGCAGCACCUGAACCCAGGUAUGCAGCGCACGGCUUACUAGGAAAUUUAAAAGGCAGCACCUUAAGUUACUAGAACAUUGAAAUCUAUAGGAGACGGCACCUUAACUUACUAGAAAUUUGCAAGCCUUUAAGGAGAAAGCACUCUCUUUUAUUAGAAAUUUGUAGGAGACGGCACUUUUGUUUAGUAGCAAAUUGAAAUCCAGAAAAGACGGCACCUUCAUUGAAUUAGAAAUCCAUAGGAGACGGUACCUUAAUAAAGUAGAGAAUUGGAACAUUUUAAUUUAUAGUUGAAAAUUUUAAUUUAUAUGGGAUGACACCUUAACGUAUUAGAAUAUUGAAAUCCAUACAACAUGUACCUUAAUUUCUGGAAAAUCUAAGUCCCAUAACUUAAUUUUCAAGUUUUGGAUAGGAUUGUUGGUUCCUAACAAAAGUACUUUAGUUACGUUUCAUAUUACUAGCUAGUACUUAAUUCUGGUUUAAUGUGAAUUGUGACCUCAACUGAUUAUUUGAAGUAUAACAUUUUAAACUUUCGCGUUGCAUUAUAAUUAAA